AUGGACUUCACCGACGAAGAGAUGUUAUACUCAGACGACAACGUCACAAAGCGUCCCCAAAAGACCUCCAGCGCAGCCAACACCCCCUCAUCAGCAAAAUUCGCUACCGCAUCCCCAAAACCAAACAGCCUCUCCGAAAUCCAACCCUACGACAGACUCCUUCUCGACGGCCGCGCCGCCAACCCGCCCGUCUCCUGGAAAGAGCUCGAAGUCCAAUACCGCGCCGCCGGCGGGCUCACCACGGGCGCCAACACGCUUCGAGUCAAUCAGUAUUCCAUGUUACUUGCACUCGGCGAGGAGAUGAGUAAAGAAGAGAUUGCGGAUUUGGUCGUUUCCGAGGCGGCUGUGAUGGCGGAGUUUGAGAAGGAGAAGUGGGCCAAGGUUGCGGCGCAUAUGAAGGGGAUUCGAGGGGAGAAGAACUGGAAUGCGAAGUUUUUGAAGAAGACUUUUGCUUCGCUUCCAAAGGGGGGGAUUUGA